CUUUGAUCUCGUCCUUGUCAUAAGUCUGUAGAACAGUCUCCGUGACAGAGGGAAUCCGGGCUAUGUUGAGAAUGAUCAUCGCUCUGAGGAACUCAGGGAUGCUCAAAGACUCGUUCUCCAGGCGAGCGAACGCCGUAGUGAUCACCAGCAGCUGUGGAUCCGGGUGCAACCCCACGUUGUACUUGGCGUUCAACGCGGUUUGGAAGUACGCAUAUAGGUCGGCGCACUGAGCACCACCGUAUUGGGUCUUCAGGUGCUCCCAGAUCUUGGCAGCUGACACUAUGUUGGCGGUUGGAAUGUUGGCAAUGACUCCCUCAGUCAGGCGCAACUUAAUGCUGCCCUUAGCCCUGAGAUCAUCAUGCUUCCAUUGUUUGAUCUCCGAUGCGUUGGUCACAGAGCCAUCCGUAGCCUUGACUUCGGUUGGCGCGGUCUCAGUCAGCACAUAUGAGAUCCCCUGAUGCUCCAGAUAGGACUCCAUAGUUCCGGACCAGACAAGCCAGUGCUUUCCAUCAAAGAUGGAGACAGCAUUGAAGAUGUUGUUGGAGUUGGACGACAUGUUAGAUCUGUGUGAUUGAGAGCUUAGUGUGGGCACU